AUGGCUUCAGCAAGCUCUUACAACUCUCCAUGUGCUGCCUGCAAGUUCUUAAGAAGAAAAUGCAUGCCUGGUUGCAUCUUUGCACCCUACUUCCCACCCGAGGAGCCACAAAAAUUCGCAAACGUUCACAAAAUCUUCGGUGCCAGCAAUGUCACUAAGCUUCUCAAUGAUCUCCUCCCUCACCAGAGAGAAGAUGCAGUGAAUUCACUCGCAUAUGAAGCUGAAGCUCGCGUUAGGGAUCCUGUUUAUGGCUGUGUUGGUGCCAUCUCUUUCCUUCAAAGACAAGUUGAUCGUCUGCAAAAGGAGCUCGAUGCUGCCAAUGCCGACUUAAUUCGAUAUGCAUGCAAUGAGAUCCCAACAGGGACGUUACCAGCUGCAGUGCCACAUUUGAAUUCAAUUCAACCGAUAACACCACGGCAAAGAACCAUGGAUCAUUACCCUACUAGAAGGACCGGAAACAUUGAUGGUGGUGGUAAUGGAGGAGGUGGAUUCUACCAAUCACCACCAUCUUUUCCUUAUCCCUAUGCUAAUCAACUUCAGUGGAACCCUUCUAGUUUCGGUGGUAAUAUGGGCGGUGGUGGUGGAGGCCAAGGUUAA